AUCUAAUUGGGGGGCCCACGUCGCGAUCAAUCCUGCCAUGGGAACAUAUAUAUGCAUGCGACCACACGAUCCCUAAUAGCCUUGACACGUGUCUGAGUUCUUGAGGCCUGGAGCAUAUGUGACCGGCUGCAGGUGAAUGCACUCGCCAUUUUAAUAUCUGUCGCAAAAAAUGGUAAGGCUCCGGAAGCUCAUGCAUGGUAGAGAGUACCUCGGAACCAUGCAGAAUCAUGACCAGUACUCAAGCGAAGAUAUAUGGGAGCGGCUGGCGUUUCACCUCUUGCCAGUCAUUUUCAACACACAUAUUAUCGUUAGUAAAAGCCCGUCAUGCCAACGCUUCGUGGCGAUUCCCAAAUUCCUAGGGUACUUGCAGCAAGUGUCGCUCAGAGACAAGAUGUUACUCCGCAUUAUGUCACUCUUACAAUUGCACGGGUAUCAACCACUGUCUACACAACAAUACUUCUAGGAUACGUACCCACAACAAGCCAGACUUUACCACAGGAAACUUCAGAAAGUUCCGGGGAUAAUGUUACAUCUUCCGAUAGAUCUGAUAGGCAACUGCAAACAGCCCUUAUCGUGUUUGCCAUUUUGGUUAGCGUCUUCGGUGCAAUCAUCAUAUGGUGGAUGUGCUGCAGGACUGGACAAAGACGCCGAAGUAGAGAUAGCCUAUUCACUUGUUGCAUGGGUCCUCCUGGGCGUCGUGGCAAACGAGGACAUCGUGGACCAAACGGUAAUAAUGGCGUGAAUGGGCAAAAUGGGCAAAAUGGGCAAAAUGGCCCACCAGGACCGGCCGGCGCUGAGGGCCGACAGGGCCCUCGAGGAGAUCCCGGGCAACCUGGCCGGGACGGUCAGCCAGGACGAGAUGGACAACCAGGGCGAGAUGGACAGUCAGGACGAGAUGGGCAGCCGGGACGAGACGGAAGGCCAGGUCCGAUUGGUCCAGACGGACAGCCAGGUCGAGAUGGUCGACCCGGAGAUAGAGGCCUGACGGGUCUUCAAGGACUUACAGGGCUUCAAGGUAAUGUUGGUAGAGACGGGAGAGACGGGAGAGACGGACAAGUUGGGCGCGAAGGGCCAAUUGGUCCUCAAGGCAGAGUGGGCGAGCGAGGGGCAGCAGGACCAUCAGGACCAGCGGGACUGCCAGGACCAUCGGGACCAUGCGGACCACCAGGGUCACCCGGACCAUCAGGACCAUCGGGACCACGAGGCUCAUCAGGACCAUGCGGACCACCAGGGUCACCCGGACCAUCAGGACCAUCGGGACCACGAGGCUCAUCAGGACCACCAGGUUCACCUGGACCAUUAGGACCAGCAGGACCCCAAUGUCCUGCUGGUGCUGUGGUCAGAGAUGAGAGACAAAUUGUCGUGAUGAUGCGAUAAGAAGCGAUGUGCUUCAAGUCUUCGCGGGCAAGCAUUUGAUGCUGCGCUUUAGCAAGACGCCCAAUGCCAUAUAUCUUGUUCCCGAAGUCAUAAGUUGGCUGAAAUACACAAACACCCUUCUCUCUAGUCCGAUGCUCACCAUCUCUUCUCGGACCAAACAGGAGGCGUUCGCUAUUGUUCUAGUCGGAGCGAAUAGCGAAGACUACUUUUUCUUCUUUCUUUUUUCUUCGAUAAUAAAGGCCGGGUAUUCGGGG